CAACUCUGAGAUUCUGCAAUUCUGAGACUUAGGACUUUUAGUCAACGAUGCCUGCCUCUUUGACCAUUGUCCUCAUCAAAUCUUAACAUCAACAAACAAAACCCAACAAGAAUAAAUUUUCAGUAAGUUUUGUGCCAACAGAACCAGCGAUUCAGAAAGUACAAGUGGCCAUCCAGACAGGUCCCGAGGCUCGAGCAAAGAUGGUGCAGUUAGUUCAUUUUGAGGCAGGGAACUCAGCAUCAGAGGAAAGAGACACAUUUAAAGAAAUGGAGGAAACAGACAAGCCCACGUUCCUUGGAGACACAAUACCCCCGACAAUGACAGUGAUAGUCCAAGCAAUUCGGACCGACAACAAGAAGCAGGGUUUUCAAGUCACAGGCUACGUUAAUUCUGACAGAAACAACCUGCAGCUGGUGGUAGUUCCGCUGACCAGUGAAAAGUGGAAAGUCUGUGCCGACGCAACUGUGUUACCCCAAAAAACCAAGGGCAGUUUAAGAUGGGGCAUGGAUUGUAAGAAUUACAAAAUAGAAGCUGAGGUCACAUUGAGCCAGAUAACCAAGAAACCAGCCAUCCACAUAAAGAUAGACUGGAAAAACCUCCCACAAUUGCUUCAGACAGUAUUCGAAAAGAUUUUAAAGUAUUUGUCAGAUAUAACUGGGGAAUCUGUUUUUUCUGAAACGCCAGGGGAAAAACCAUCUCAUCAAGCCAUAUUUCAGGCAAUGGCAACGUCUUCUCGGACAAUCCAUGCAGUUAUUAAAAUUCCAGAGGUAAACACUUAUUACUCAACAUUUCCAGUUCCAUUCGCUUUGCCCAUAGAAUCAUGGCUUGUGAUUAAUACUAGUACCGAGGGGGUUUGGAAUUUCUUUUCAGAAAUAGCUCUCGGGAUAAAGAAAGAGGAUGAAGCCCAGUGUGAAGUCACUGAAACUUCCUGGAAAAGUUUUGAUGGUAUAGAGUUCAAUUGUUUGCAUCCUCAUGAUCAAGAGCUUGUUGUAGCUGAAGAUUGCCACAUAGCCCCCAAAUUUGUGGUUCUCACAAAGAAAGAAUUUGCUAAUUCCCCAAGAAAGGUUUCCCUGUUUUUGGGGAAAAGGAGAAUAGCCAUCUAUCCAUCUUCAUCAUCAAAUCUCUAUGUAAUUUUGGAUGGCAGCCCACUAUUAUUAAAUGAAGCUGUAUAUGAGGAGAAAGAAGACUACAUAAAUGUUUACCAACAAAAUGGAAGCAUUAUUAUAUUAGCAUCUGAAUUUGGAUUAGAAGAAUUAGUUUACAAUGGCAAAAUACUUAAGGUUACCAUCUCUUCUUGGAUGAGAGGGAAGACCUGUGGAAUUUGUGGAAAAGCAAAUUGGGAGACUCACGAUGAAAUGGAAAUGCCCAAUCACAAGCAGGCUCGUGACUGCACGGCUUUUUUUCAUGCAUGGUUGUUGGUAAAAGAAAAUUGUGACAAAGGAUGCAAAAUACAAAGGAAGUAUGAGUUCUUGGAUCUUGUGAUGAAAGGAGAAGAAUCCACAUGUUUCUCUACUGAACCAGUACUGAAAUGUAGGAAAGGCUGCAGAUCAGCCGAGACCACCAGGCUUAAUGUUGGCUUUCAUUGCUUCCCCAGAGAUUUGUCAAUGAGUCUGACACAAUGGGUAAACACGAGAAACAAACAAGCCUUUACAGAGGACAAAGUGGAAGCCAUAGAUGCAGAUAUUAAUUGCACAUGUGUGAGAGAUCAUCCCCCACUGUGACGCUUUACAAUUCAUCUGACAGAUGCCGUAACAACAUCCUCAAAGAAUGUCCUGACUAUGAAGGGAAUAGGAGAAGUUUGGGAAAUGAUUUUUAAAAUAUUCUUGAAAAAUCAUAAAAGUUAAUGUAUUUCUAUAGAACCUAAUACAUUGUAUAUGGUCAUUUUUAUAUGGUCACCUCCCUGAUGUCAUGGUCCUCUUUGGGAAUAAAGGACAAAAACCCUUUGUUUGUGUUGCUAAUUAAAUAUGCAUUCAUAA